CCCGUCCCUGCUGCCUCCCCGUCCCCAUCUCCCUCCCCCUCUGCCUCCCCGUCCCCAUCUCCAGCCCCCUCUGCCUCUCCGUCCCCUUCUCCAGCCCUAUCUCCCUCCCCCUCUGCCUCCCCGUCCCCUUCUCCAGCCCCCCCUCCCUCCCCGUCUGCCUCUCCGUCCCCUUCUCCCUCCCUCUCUGCCUCCCCCUCCCCCUCUGCCUCCCUGUCCCCUUCUCCCGCCCUCUCUGCCUCCCCGUCCCCUUCUCCCGCUCUCUCUGCCUCCCCCUCCCCAUCCCCAUCUCCCUCCCCCUCUGCCUCCCCGUCCCCAUCUCCAGCCCCCUCCGCCUCCCCGUCCACUUCUCCCGCCCCCUCCGCCUCCCCGUCCCCUUCUCCCGCCCCCUCCGCCUCCCCGUCCCCUUCUCCCGCCCCCUCCGCCUCCCCGUCCCCUUCUCCCGCCCCCUCCGCCUCCCCGUCCCCUUCUCCCGCCCCCUCCGCCUCCCCGUCCCCUUCUCCCGCCCCCUCCGCCUCCCCGUCCCCUUCUCCCGCCCCCUCUGCCUCCCCGUCCCCUUCUCCAGCCCCCUCUGCCUCCCCGCCCGCCCUCUCUGCCUCCCCGUCCCCUUCUCCCACCCUCUCUGCCUCUCCGUCCCUCUCUGCCUCCCCCUCCCCCUCCCCGUCCCCUUCUCCCUCCCCCUCUGCCUCCCCGUCCCCUUCUCCCUCCCCCUCUGCCUCCCCGUCCCCAUCUCCAGCCCCCUCUGCCUCUCCGUCCCCUUCUCCAGCCCUCUCUGCCUCCCUGUCCCCUUCUCCCGCCCUCUCUGCCUCCCCGUCCCCAUCUCCCUCCUUCUCUGCCUCCCCCUCCCCUUCUCCCUCCCCGUCCCCUUCUCCCUCCCUCUCUGCCUCCCCCUCCCCAUCUCCUUCCCCCUCUCCCUCCCCCUCUUCCUCCCCGUCCCCUUCUCCAGCCCCCUCUCCCUCCCCGUCUGCCUCUCCGUCCCCUUCUCCCUCCCUCUCUGCCUCCCCCUCCCCCUCUGCCUCCCUGUCCCCUUCUCCCGCCCUCUCUGCCUCCCCGUCCCCUUCUCCCGCUCUCUCUGCCUCCCCCUCCCCAUCCCCAUCUCCCUCCCCCUCUGCCUCCCCGUCCCCAUCUCCAACCCCCUCCGCCUCCCCGUCCACUUCUCCCGCCCCCUCCGCCUCCCCGUCCCCUUCUCCCGCCCCCUCCGCCUCCCCGUCCACUUCUCCCGCCCCCUCCACCUCCCCCUCCCCAUCCCCUUCUCCCGCCCCCUCUGCCUCCCCGUCCCCUUCUCCAGCCCCCUCUGCCUCCCCGUCCCCUUCUCCCACCCUCUCUGCCUCCCCAUCCCCUUCUCCCGCCCCCUCUGCCUCUCCGUCCCCAUCAGCCCCCUCUGCCUCUCUGUCCCCAUCUCCCUCCCCCUCUGCCUCUCCGUCCCCAUCUCCCUCCCUCUCUGCCUCCCCGUCCCCUUCUCCCGCCCCCUCUGCCUCUCCGUCCCCAUCUCCAGCCCCCUCCGCCUCCCCGUCCCCUUCUCCAGCCCCCUCUGCCUCCCCGUCCCCUUCUCCCGCCCUCUCAGCCUCCCCGUCCCCUUCUCCCGCCCCCUCUGCCUCCCCGUCCCCUUCUCCCGCCCCCUCUGCCUCUCUGUCCCCAUCUCCCGCCCCCUCUGCCUCUCCGUCCCCAUCUGCAGCCCCCUCUGCCUCUCUGUCCCCAUCUCCCUCCCCCUCUGCCUCCCCCUCCCCAUCUCCCUCCCCCUCUGCCUCUCCGUCCCCUUCUCCCGCCCUCUCUGCCUCCCCCUCCCCAUCUCCCUCCUCCUCUGCCUCCCUGUCCCCUUCUCCCGCCCUCUCUGCCUCCCCGUCCCCUUCUCCCGCCCUCUCUGCCUCCCCGUCCCCUUCUCCAGCCCCCUCUGCCUCCCCGUCCCCUUCUCCCUCCCCCUCUGCCUCCCCGUCCCCUUCUCCCUCCCCCUCUGCCUCCCCGUCCCCUUCUCCCUCCCCCUCUGCCUCCCCGUCCCCUUCUCCC